GCCAUGUUUUCAGGCUGGGUCUGGCUCAGGCUACCCCCCUAAAGAAAUGGCCGGGGAGCUGCAAGGAACCUGGGCAUCGUGGCUUCGCCUCAGUCUGGGCUAACGAAUCAGGGCAGCAGGAAAACCCGAGUUCUGCGCGGGGAGGGAGGCCAUGGCGUCCGGCAGUAACUGGUUGUCCGGGGUGAAUGUCGUGCUCGUGAUGGCCUACGGGAGCCUGGUAUUUGUACUGCUAUUUAUUUUUGUGAAGAGGCAAAUCAUGCGCUUUGCAAUGAAAUCUAGAAGGGGACCUCAUGUCCCUGUGGGACACAAUGCUCCCAAGGACCUGAAAGAAGAGAUUGAUAUUCGACUUUCUAGGGUUCAGGAUAUCAAGUAUGAACCCCAGCUCCUUGCAGAUGAUGAUGCAAGACUGCUACAACUGGAAACCCAGGGAAAUCAAAGUUGCUACAACUAUCUAUACAGGAUGAAAGCUCUGGAUGCAAUCCGUGCGUCUGAUAUUCCAUUUUAUGCUGAAGGCCGUCACCCACGUUCCUUAAUGGGCAAGAAUUUCCGCUCGUACUUGCUAGAUCUGCGAAAUACUACCACUCCUUUUAAGGGUGUGCGUAAGGCCCUCAUUGAUACCCUGCUGGAUGGCUAUGAGACAGCCCGCUAUGGGACUGGGGUUUUUGGCCAGAGUGAAUACAUGCGCUAUCAGGAGGCUCUGAGUGAACUAGCCACUGUGGUGAAAGCACGAAUUGGGAGCUCUCAACGACAACACCAGUCAGCAGCCAAAGACCUAACUCAGUCCCCUGAAGUCUCCCCAACAACAAUCCAAGUCACAUAUCUCCCUUCCAGUCAGAAGAGUAAACGUGCCAAGCACUUCCUUGAAUUGAAGAGCUUUAAGGACAACUAUAAUACAUUGGAGAGUACACUGUGAUUGAGCUGAAGGACUAUGGCACAGAUAAAGCCAGAAAGAUGCUUGCUGGGAAGCCCUCAGGACAUCAGGCUCAGCAGGCCCAAACUCUAUCAGCUAAUUUCUCCAUUAUGUCCAGAAUUCUUAGAGCUUGUGCCUGAAGAAUCAUUCCCCAACCCUUUCAUAUGGGCAUUUUCAGAACACUAAGACUUUUCUUUUCCUAGUAGCACUUUGCUGGGUUUGAAUUCAGAAGUCUUUACUAUUUAUUUAUAUCAAAGCUUCCUUAAAAAUCUUUCAUUGAAGUGGCGCUGUGGCUAAAGCGCUAGACUUGAGCUGAAGAGCUCAGGGACAGUGCCUAGGCCCAAAGUUCAAGCCCCACAACCAACCAAAAAUUUUUUUUCAUUAUUUUUGGCCACAGUUUACCUUCAUUGUUGCAGUCUAUUUAAUCCCAAAGGUGGGAGGUUGAGAGAUGUCUUCUAUGUCUGCCUUACUGUUCUCAAAUGAGUGGCUUUAACUGUUUGGGUUAGGGUACCUCAGAGUUAACUGGUGGAAAGGCAAGAAAGAACUAGGAGGAAAAAAACUGGGAGUAGGAGGAGUAAUAGUGGAGGUGGUAAGUCAGUUGAAACAGUACAAUUUUUCUCACAUGCAAGGAUCUGCUCUUCCAGCUUCAUUCAUUACUCUUGUGAAUAAACUGAAUGGAGGAGAAGGUCCACACAUCUGACAUCGUCUUUUGUCAACAUAUGAGACUGUGAAGAAGUGGUUUUUCCUAAUAAACCAGUUACUGGUCUGACUUCAUAAAUUAUUUAA